AUGUUUGAAUUCACUAUUGGGUUCGAGAACCAUUACAACGGUAUUGCCCCAGACUGUACCGUAACCAACAAGAAAUGGGUUCAAGAUGCUGACACUUUGUACAUCACCCAUAAUAUUUGCAAUAGUCAUUGGGUGGCAGUUGAGGUUAAUUUGCUAAAGAAGAGGGUAAAAGUUUAUGAUUCCAUCUACUCGGCAUUUGAGGAGAAUGACGUAAAAGAGUCUGUGAAGCCGGAUAUGAAGCUGAUUUCGCUGCUUUUGGGACACCUCGCACCAAAAGAGGAGAAACAAAAAAUGGGCGGGUGCGCCUACAACUUCUACCUGAUAAAGGGUGUUCCGCAUAAUGACCAAAGCGGGGACUGCGGUGUAUACUCUCUGAAGUGCAUCGAGUGUUUAGCUCUUGGACGUUGUUUAACCAGCAUCGACGACACAAAUGUGGGUGACAUCCGUCUCAAGUACGCUGCUGAGAUGAUGGAUGAGGUGGACUUGUCUGACUUCCUGCAACCGACAAUCCCAAAGACAAGCCCGUACCCGCGUGGUACAUCUGAUGACGCUCCGCAGGGGCUGGAGACGGAUUCGUUGGAUUCGUUGUAG